GGGAAAUUAAAUCGAAGAAGCGAGCAGUCAGUAGUUCUUGAACCAUUGUACGCGAUGGUCGAAGCACUGGCGUAUUACAGUUUCCCUAGAAUUCUCUUAACAAUGUUAGGACUUUGGCCAUAUCAGAACACGAAAUUCAUCGUUUUGAGAAACAGCUUUAUCAGCUUUAGUUUCUUUCUGUUUAUCGUGGCGCAGUGUGUGGUGUUCAAAACCAGAGAAUUCAUGCUAAAGUACGUUUCGUUCGUGCUCAUGAGCUUAGGCUCUUUUGCAAGGUACAAUAUAAAUUGGUAUCAACUUCCUACAGCGAAAAAAUUUAUGGACAAAAUAAAACGCGACAUGGAAAUGGAACAGGGCGAGGCACUUCAGAUUAUGAAGAAACACGCUUACAUGGCGAAAAUCUACGGCUUCCGAUUCGGAUGUAAGCGACAUCUUUGGAAAAACACUACACUGAUCGUUCUACUCUAUUACUCGUCAAUCUAUAUUUAUGAGAGAAUUGUGCCGACGAACGGGACUCGUCUGAAGAAAUUUCCUAUAAGUACGGAUUACCUGGUACUUGAAGAGAAGUAUCAUUUACUCACGUUUCUGCAUAUGAACUUUUCGAUGAUAAUUUUCGUAACUGUGUUCGCGGGAACGGAAACGUUAACGAUCCUGUGGUUCAAACAUGCUGUUAGUUUGAGCGAAGUUACCAGGUAUAACCAUUAGUGAAUGAUUCUUCGAUACACCGUUUGUAUAUUUCAGGUGACAAUGCACAUUAAUAUUGUUUUAUUAAUAUAAUAAUAUAUCAAUGUUUUGUUGCUGAUAAGUGUUUUAGGACACGUGUUGAAUUAUUUUUUAAAAUUGAUUCAACACGAGAUCAACGAAAUCAGUUUUCCAAAAUUGAUUUAAUGUGAGAGUUUAAAGACAUUGUAACGCUUUCUUAAGAGAAGCAGUUUUUAAUGUCUACUAAUAGAGAAACUGAUUCAGUGAACAGUGAACUUACUGGCUUCUAGGUUGGCACUAUUUGAAAUAUAAAAUAUAGAAAUUAUAUUGUUCAGCAAAAUUGUAAUAACCAGUAAGAAAGAUGAUGAUAUUCAAAUGUAA